AUGGUGUCUCCGGCAAUUAGGGUAGCUCCCUCAGCAGCUAAUCGUGCUCUCAAUCUACUGCGAACCGUACAAUACACACACCCGCCUAACUGUCCGUGCCAUGGUAACCCCAACCACCACCAUCACCACAAGCAGACGCCAUCACUGCUCAAUCAGGUGAAACGGCACUUGGCCACACCUGUGGAUCGCUCGCGCGAGAAAGAAUAUGCCUUCGAGAUGGCUGCGUCCAGCAUCCGCUUCGGUCCGGGGGCCACCAAAGAAGUCGGAAUGGACUUCACCAAUAUAGGUGCCAAGCGGGUUUGCAUCGUGACCGAUUCGAAUGUCGCCAAGCUCGAUGCGAUGAAGCAGGCUGUGGAGGGCCUGACCCGUGAGGGAAUCCAAUUCACAAUUUUCGAUAAAGUUCGCACAGAGCCGAAGGAUAGCUCUAUCAAGGAAGCUAUCGAGUUCUGCAAGCCUUACAAGCCUGAUGCGUUUUUGGCCGUCGGCGGCGGCUCCGUCAUUGACACCGCCAAAUUGAUGAACCUAUACACUGCCUACCCCGAAGCCGACUUCCUCGACUUCGUCAACGCCCCACUAGGCAAAGGCCGACCAGUCGACAAGCCUCUCCUCCCCCUCGUAGCAGUCCCAACAACAGCCGGCACCGGCUCCGAAACCACCGGCACAGCAAUCUUCGACCUAGUCUCCAAAAAGGCCAAAACAGGAAUCGCCCACCGCAACCUCAAGCCCACCCUUGGAAUCUGCGACCCCCUCAACACUCGCACCAUGCCAUCCGCAGUCCACGCAGCCUCAGGCCUAGACGUCCUCUGCCACUCCCUCGAAUCUUGGACCGCAAUCCCUUAUAACGAACGCACACCUCGCCCCACAAACCCAAUCAACCGCCCAGCCUACCAGGGCGCAAACCCUAUCUCCGAUAUCUUCUCUCUAGCAGCCCUCCGCAGCACUGUGAAGUAUCUCCCUCGCGCAGUGCGCGAUCCAGACGACCACGAAGCCCAGUCUGAGAUGCUCCUUGCUGCAACGCUGGCUGGUGUUGGUUUUGGUAAUGCCGGUGUUCAUCUGUGUCACGGUAUGAGUUAUCCGAUUUCUAGCCAGAACCCUGGAUACAAGCACCAUGGCUAUGAAGUUGAUCACCCGAUUAUUCCGCACGGAGUCUCUGUUGCCGUGACUGCGCCGGCGGUAUUCCGGUUCACGGCGGCUUCGAACCCGGACCGCCAUCUUGCGGCUGCGGAGGCGUUCGGUGUGGAUAUUUCAAAUGUGAAGCGCGAGAGCGCGGGUGAGGUUCUUGGGGCUGCGAUUGCGGAGUUCCUUGUGAAGCUUGGUGGUCAGCCUAGGGGAUUGAAGGAUUUGGGUUUCAAGGGUUCAGAUGUUGAUGGGUUGGUUGAAGGAACUAUUCCCCAGCAGCGUGUACUUAUGCUAGCGCCGAACCUGAGCACGGAAUUGCAGGCUGAGAGGGGAGAGUUGAGGAAAUUGCUUGAGCAGUCGUUGGAUUAUUAG